UGUCUCAUGGAAACAGGAAACCAAACAAAAGCUGUAAAAUUUCUUCUUCUGGGAAUUGAAGAAGAGCAUGAUCUGCAUACUAUCUUCUUUGGACUAUUUCUAUCCAUAUAUCUAGUCACUUUCACUGGGAACCUGCUCAUCAUCUUGGCCAUAAUAUCAGACACCCACCUCCACACUCCCAUGUAUUUCUUCCUCUCCAACCUGUCCUUUUGUGAUAUUUGUUUCAUCUCCACUACCAUCCCAAAGAUGCUUCACAAUAUCCAGACAGAGAACAAAGUUAUCACGUAUGCAUGCUGCAUAACCCAGAUAUUUUUUUUCAUUGUGUUUGGAUGCCUGGACAGUUUGCUCCUUACCACAAUGGCAUAUGACCGCUUUGUAGCCAUCAGUCACCCCCUGCACUACACAGUCAUCAUGAAUCCCUGGCUCUGUGAAAUACUAGUUCUGGGAUCCUGGUGUCUUAGUACCCUAGGCUCCCUUCUUGAAUCCUUGCCUGUUUUGAAGCUGUCCUUCUGUACAAAUAUGGAAAUCCCACACAUUUUUUGUGAUCUUUCUGAAGUCCUGAAACUUGCCUGUUCUGACACCCUCAUCAAUAACAUAGUGGUUUAUUUUGUGGUUAGUAUUCUGGGUGUUUUCCCUGUUGCUGGGAUCUUCUUCUCCUAUUCUCAGAUUCUCUCUUCUAUUCUUAGAAUCUCAUCAACCAGGGGCAAGUAUAAAGCAUUUUCCACAUGUGGGUCUCACCUUUUGGUUGUGUCCUUGUUCUAUGGCACAUCCCUUGGGAUCUACCUAAGUUCUGCAGCCACAGCCUCCUCUAGGAAAAGUCUUAUGGCUUCAGUGAUGUAUGCUGUGGUAACCCCCAUGUUAAACCCCUUCAUCUACAGUCUGAGGAACAGGGACAUGAAGGGGGCCCUGAGGAGACUCAUCAGUAGGAUGGCCACUUCACAGUGAUGGAGCUAUUGGAGGACUGUCAAUAGUAGCAAGACUCAAUACU